UUGGCCGUGGCUUGUGGGACCCAGUAGAGAACCGUAGGGCGUGUGCGAUAAAAGUGGCGGCGACGAACGCGCCCCCGGUGCUCGCAGCGGUGAGCAGGAAUCAGCCGAGCGGGGGACAGGGUUGGAGGCGGCCACGCGCAGAGUCGGGCGCGGGUGUCGACGGGGAGCGCCGGCGGCGGUGGGAAGAGUGCUGUGGAGAGGGCGCGGCCGUCUGCUAGAGCUAGAGGGGCCGUGCGCUGAGGCAUUGAGAUCCCCUUUGGCUCCGGGCGGUCGCGAAUCGAGCUCCAUGUCUUCUUCUAGCUCCCGCGCCACCUCGCGGUUCGAGAUUCCGGCGCGCAUGGAGAUGCCGAUCUUCCUCUGUCCGCAGUGCCGGGCGGACGUUGUUCGGAGGAUUUCGCGCACACCAAAGAACACAAAUCAUCCGUUCUACGUGUGCAGCGAGAAAGGGGUAAAAUGUUUCUUCGUUUGGGUCGAUGUUCUUGCCCAGACGCUGAUGAAUGAAUUGCUAGAAGAGCACGAAGAAUGGUCGCCCAUCCUGCCACAGACGGCAGCGGCCGCAGCGCUAGCACCGGCAAAAGAGACGGAGGGCGGAGCACGCAUUGAUAGAGAGGUAGCUGUUGAGCUAAGGAGGUUGAACCAGAAGAUUAGGAAGCUCGAAGAUCAAUCACAAAUUUGCAAUUACAUUUGGGCAUUUGUAGGUAUGGCAAUCACACUAGGUGUAAUGUUGAAAUUGUAUGGAAAGGCAUGAAUUUGGGAGGAAUUUGUAAGGGAAACGAUAUAUUGUAUGGAAAGGCAUGAAAUUGUAUGUUGAAUUGUUGGAUCU